AAACCAGCCGCCUAUGUUUGGAAAGAGAAAUGUUAAUAACGAAAACGAUAUUGAAAAAGUGGAUAGCAAAGGAUAUCCAAUAAAAAGGAUAGCCUUACUCAGCGGCCCUCCUGGAUUAGGAAAAACAACUCUAGCCCAUAUAGCAGCCAAACAUGCCGGUUAUAAUGUUGUGGAAAUCAAUGCGAGUGAUGAAAGGACUCCAGAUACGUUUAGACAGAUUCUACUUGCAUCAACAGAAAUGAAAGCUGUAAUGGGCGCUGAUCCCCGUCCAAAUUGUUUAAUUUUUGAUGAGAUUGAUGGUGCACCGGCUGCAUCUAUCGAGCUUUUAUUAAAAUUUAUUCAAGGCAAACUAGUGCCGAAAAAUAAAAAGGGAAAAGGACAAUCAGAAAAAACGUCUGAUGGCUGUACACGUCCCGUAAUAUGCAUUUGUAAUGAACCAUAUACUCCAUCAUUAAGAGCGUUAAGAGCCGCCGCUGUAAUAAUUCCGGUACCGGAAGUAAGUCCUUUAAGAUUAGCAGAACGUUUAAUGGAUUUGGCAAGAAAGGAAAAGUUAAAUGUAGACUUUGGAGAUCUUGUGAAGAUAGCAGAAAGAUCCGGCUGUGACGUUCGAGCUUGCAUAGGGGCGUUACAAUAUAUGGGUAGUGCCAACUUGAAAGAUAAUUUAUCUUUAGGUCUGAAAGACACGCGUAAAAAUUUGUUUGAUUCGUGGAAAAGUAUACUAACAAUUCCUAUGAACAAAGGGGGAGUUCUUACUAUUCCUGAAAGAAUCCAGAAUAUUUUGAGAACUGUACAAAAUGGUGAGAUGGAAAAAUUGGCACAAGGAAUAUUUCAUAAUUAUCCUGAAAUCUGUGACCGAAAACUCGAUAAUGUACCUAUGUCUCUGGAAUGGUUUCAAUUUUAUGAUUUAAUAACGUCGCUCGUUACAUACAAGCAGAUUUGGUCACUUAUGCCAUACACGAAUUAUGGAUUUAUCGCGUGGCACUUGCAUCUUGCAAGAACGCAGAAAGUGAAAUUGUCAUAUCCCACUGUUAUCAACGAAGCAAGUAUUAUAUAUCAAGAGAAAAAUUCAAUUAUUUGACCAGAAAAAAAUACACGGUUUUUUUUUAAUUAUAUGGAUCUAAAUUAUCUAGAUAUUAUGCGGAAUGAUUAUUAAUUAUUUAGCGAGAUAUCGCAAUUUAAAGUAACUCCUGUUUUAUGAU